AUGCCUGCUGUACCAACUUUGGUCCCACAAGUCACCGCUCACCCAUCUCAUCCCAAUACAAGGGAGUUCGACAUCUCCUAUCGUAUAGUGCCUCAAAUGAGGAGCUGUGGAGGAAGGUUCAGUGGAGCUGGUUGUGUAGUAGUUGGUUGUGGAAUCUGCUGGCUGUCGGAGUUGCAACAGGGACUUGAGAAAAAUAGAGGGGGGUUGAGGGAGUUUAGGGAGAACAGAGAGAGAGGAAGAGAGGGAGAGGAAGAGACUAUGCAAGCUGACACUACUCUUACUUUGCAGGAUGAAUUUCACAUUGAACACCCAAAAAAAUUGAACCAGACUAAGCAAGUUCUUUGUAAAACAGCAGAAGAUCCAUUGCAAGGGUUGAUGAUUGUUGAUGCCAUCCAACGCCUAGGCAUCGACUACCACUUCCAAGACGAGAUUGAGGCUCUUCUAAGGAACCAGUACGCGAAACUAUACAUUGAUUGUGAUGAUCUUUCUCAUGAUCUUUACGAGGUUGCACUUCGCUUUCGACUUCUAAGACAACAAGGUUAUUUUGUGCCUGCAGACAUAUUUUACAAGUUCAAGAACGGAGAAGGAAAGUUUGACAAGAAAAAACUAAGCAAAGACGUUAGAGGAUUGAUGGCGUUGUAUGAAGCUUCACAACUAAGUAUGGAAGGAGAAGAUAUACUUGAUGAGGCCAUGGAGUACUCUACUAGCGAGCUCCUUAAUGCACAAGCUUCGCAUCUUGACAAUCAUCAAGCUGUAAUUGUUGCUAACACAUUGGAGAAUCCCUAUCACAAGAGUUUAGCUAGGUUCAUGUCCAAAAGCUUCUUAAGUAAUUUCCAGGGCACCAGUACUAGAUGGAUGAAUGUCCUAUGCGAAUUAACCAAGCUAGAUUCCUAUAUGGUUCAAUCUGCGUACCAAAGUGAAAUACUUCAAAUAUCCAAAUGGUGGAGUGACAUGGGUUUAGCCAAAGAGUUGAAGUUUGCUUGAGAUCAACCACUAAUGUACAUGUGGCCCAUGGCAAUUCUAUCGGACCCAAGCUUAUCAGAGCAGAGGGUUGAUCUCACAAAGCCCAUCUCUUUCAUCUACAUUAUAGAUGACAUUUACGAUGUUAUUGGGACGCUGGAUGAACUCACUCUCUUCACUCAAAGUGUCAGUAGGUGGGAAUUUUCUGAAGCUAAUCAACUACCAGUCUACAUGAAGAAAUGUUUUCAGGUUCUUGAUGAAAUCACUAAUGAAAUCAGCCAUAAGGUCUACAUUAAGCAUGGGUGGAACCCCGUCAAUCCUUUACGAAAAUCGUGGGCGAGUUUGUGUAAUGCAUUUCUGGUAGAAGCACAGUGGUUUGCUUCUGGGCGUUUGCCAAAAGCGGAGGAGUACUUGAAGAAUGGGGCAGUGAGCUCAUUAGUGCAUAUUAUGCUGGUUCACGGUUUCUUUCUACUGGGUGAAGGCAUAACCAAAGACGCGGUAGAUUGCCUCGAUGGUACUCCACCCAUCGUAUCUUCCACAGCAACGCUUCUUCGUCUUUGGGAUGACUUGGGAAGUGCCAAAGAUGACAAUCAAGAUGGUCAUGAUGGGUCUUACAUAGAGUACUACAUGAUGGAACACCCGGAAGCAUCGGUGGAGAGUGCAAAAGAGCAUGUAAGUCACAUGAUUUCAAAAACGUGGAAGUGCUUGAACCGAGAAUGUCUCUCCCCACAUCCAUUUUCGACUUCCUUUGCUCAAGCUUCUCUAAAUCUCGCAAGAAUGGUCCCUUUAAUGUAUAGUUAUGACGAUAGCCAACACCUUCCCCGUCUGGAGGAGCAUAUGAAAUCUUUAUUUCUAUGAAAUUGUUUUCUUAAUCAUAUAUGUCUAUUUAUGUAUGUGUGUGUGUGUGUGUGUAUUGUACUACGAAGACGCGAGUCUGCAUGUAUUAAUAAAACAAUAUUAAAAUAUUUUCAA